UCCGAAUCUCGUAACCGGACACAGACAUUCUGACAAUUGCUAGGAACACACCAAUUCCCAUCUUCUGGAAGACUGUGAUUCCGUCCCUCAGUGAUGGGAUGAUUAUUUGGUCAUAGCUCGGGAUCCAGAUUGUGAGGGCAACCCUUGAGAACAUGGUAUACGAAGCAGCGGGGAUCUUGAACGAUGGCCCAACGCCAUGUUCUGUUUGGAGGGCUUAGAAGAAGGCUUAUAUGAAGGUGGGGUCUGGAAGAUCCGCGUUGAGCUCCCAGAAUCAUAUAGGUCUCCUUCAAAUGGGUUCAUCAACAAGAUAUAUCACCCAAACGUUGACAAGAUGUUUAGGUCUGUUCGGUUAGAUGUCAUCAACCAAUCAUGGAGUCCUAUGUUUGCUUUUGCAUUAUCCAAAUCCGCCGGAUCCGCUCAAUGGUGAAGCAGCUUACUUGAUGAUGCAAGACAAGAAUCAGUACGAUUGAAAAGUGAAAGGUGAAGUUUGUUCGUGUCCCCUGGUUUUCUCUAUAGCCCUCAUAGUCAUGCCUUUUCUUUUUCUGUGGUUAACCUGGCCCUCAUUUAACUAUUGGUGUUGAAAUGGAAGUGAUGAUUCAGGAGAGUAUGAGUUUGACUUGUGAGAACUUUCCUGACUUAGGAAUGUUAGAAGCAGUUUUUCGAUUUUGUAAGUGAUUGAUAGAGUGAAGUAGUAGAAGUGUGAAUGUACCAUUAUGAUAUGCGUCCAUGGAAGUGGAAUGAAUAGAGUCGUGGUUUAUGCCUUAAUGCUGAGAAAGAGGAUGGUCUUCUAUAUGGACUGAGGCUUCGACUGUAAUAUUUGAUGGUGUUAUAAGUGUCUAUCUUCUAGAACUAGAAAAGUCUACAGAAAAUGUCAUGAGUUACUUAAACCAGUUAGUAAAGUUAAGAUGGUACAACAGUUUUAUGCCCAGUAAGAUCAUCUUCUGCAAAAAUUUCCCUGCUUAGUGAUUACCAUAUUUAGAUUGGAGCAAAGAUACUAAACACAAUCAAUAGAUGGUUUGAUCAUUCUCAUUUGUGGGCAUAAACUACUGCGAAAGAUACGCGAAGAAGGAGCACAUCACCACUCAAGCUGAAGAAGAUAGCGAUGAUCAGGACAUCAACAAUAAAGGAAGUGAAUCGAGAGAUGAUGAGAUACCGGAACACGGGGACCUGUGACAAAAUAAUCAGGGAUUAUGUAAUGCAUAAUUGCACUCUAUAUUGGGGAUGAUCAGAGGAACAAAUAUAUGACAAUCAGUUCUGUCACAAAAUUCACAAAACAUUCAUAGUGUAUCACCAAUAUCAUCAUAGCUAGUAUCA